CUCAUGUCUUGUAUCAUCGCUGCUGUGCGCGCGCCGCAUUCCGCGAGGAGAUGCCGUCACGCAAACGCCCAAAGUUAGAUGAGUUAUUAGUAUCCUGUUUUUGACCUGACCCAACGCUCAGGCAAGUCUGGAGCCCCUGGCGUCACCACGCCGCCCCCCAAUGUCCACUGACGACCAAUGACGUCGUUUCGCCCCUCCACCGAGAGGCCUCACAAGCUGGCCUGGCGCUUGGAUGGCCAACCAAGGUCCCUGGCGACGCAUCAGGUCAUGCAGACGGCUCUUCUGCAGCUUGCAAAUCGUCGGUUGGGAGCUGCAUUGCUUAUUUUAUCCGUCCACCCUGCUCUGGCGCGAAUCCAUUGGCCAGGUCCAAAGUGAACCCCCGACCCAGAGAGAAUCGGCAGCAAAACGUCGCCCCGGUAUUAUUACCGAGCACCUUGGUUGAAUUACCCCGCGACGCACUGCAUCAUCGAGCAUCUUCACCUCAAUUUCUUUCCCCGACAACCCCACGACACCAGCGCAGCCUGUGCUCACAUCAGUCAUGACGUCAGGACACAAUGAUCCCAAGCUCUUGUAUGCCGUGGAUGGCAUCAAGGCAUACCACAUCGCCAACGGCAAUGAGGAGUCGCUGACUCCCACUGGGCCUCAGACUCUGUCACUUCUCAUGGUCCCUACGUCGUCUGGCUUCGCAGAUCCCAGCGGUGUCGGUAAUGGCGAAGAGGACUUCUACCUGCACCUUCAUCUUCCUCCCGAACUCGAUCUUCCCCUCCCGGCCACCACGCAGAUAUACCAUCAGCCACCCACGAGUUAUUUGAUCCCUCGCUGGGACCUCGGGCCCGAUAGCGGAGCAUUCACGCGCAUUGAAUUUCCUGCUGCUGGUAGUAGGUCAGGCAUCCAGGAAGAUGUGGAUACCUUUGAGACGAUCCUGGCCCAAUGCACCGCUUUCCUCGAGAGGACGCCUGCCCCGAGACCCAGGAAGUCCAAGGCUGCCGAGGCCAAGGCCCGCGAGGCCGCAGGCGAUGAAUUGCCACCCUACAACCCGGCUGACUAUGACCCGGGCGAAGGAUACGUCCAAGGGAGCCAUAGCUCGUCGUCGGGCAAGGGCGGGCGCAUUGUGCUCGUGGACGAGGAGGACGGCAGCGUCAUAGGCGAGCUCAGCGAUGGCUUUCAAGUUGUCGAAGACGGUGCUGUGCGACCGGGAUCCAAGGAUCCCGUCGAAAUUUCUCUGCCCGCGGACGGCACUCAGAACAUUGCUGUCCAGCCUCUCUCCAUCGAGGAUGAGCUGCACCCUGCCUAUCGAAAAUCCACGUUGGUCAACACCGCCAGCAAAGCGUCCCGCUUCAUCAUCACCACAUCCGAUUACGUCACCAAGACUCUGCAGUCGCAAGCCGACAGCUUCACGAAGAAUACGCAGCCCGUUGCCAAGCCUGUGAGCUUUAGCCCGACAACGCACGCGCAUAUCCGACGCAUCAACCAGUUCUCUACAAAGACGGCCGGGCUGUCUGCGACGACGGUCGGGUCCAUCGGCAAGGUUGCACAAAACUUUGGCGCGCACGUCACCCGGCGCAAGGACGGUAGAGCGCGGGGCUACGACAAGGACGGCAACAUGGUCGAAACAUACAAACCGGGAAUGCUAAAUAAAAGCUUGAUGGCUUUUAACACGGUUGUCGACGGCAUUGAGCAGGCUGGGCGCAACCUGCUCACAAGCACGUCAGCCAGCGCAUCGCAGGUCGUUGGCCACCGCUGGGGCCCCGAGGCUGGAGACGUGGCGCGUAAUAUUGGCGGUGGCUUCAAGAAUGUCGGCCUCGUCUAUAUCGACGUCACGGGAGUGUCUCGCCGAGCGAUCCUCAAGAGCGUGGCCAAAGGCAUGGUAGUUGGUAAGGUGAAGGGCGGCGGCGAAGUCAUUGUGGGCGGAGGCGACGGUGGCGAGGCAACAAUUGCGGCGGGGGGAAGCGGCGGCAGCAUCCCGGCCCAGAGCACAUUCGGCGAUUCUGCGAGCGUUUCCGGUGGGUACAGUGGCAAGGGAAAGAUGCCCAGCUCCUAAAUUUGGAGGGCUGCAAGGGAGAGUGCAAGAGGCGGAUUGCCAUGGAGACAUGACAAGGACUUGGGGAGGAUGGAUCGACAAGAAGCCCUAGAGAGUCCUCAUAUAUGCAACAUCAUAAUGAGCAUGAGUUGUCAGCUCGCGAGUUUGAAAUUGCGUAUCAAGGAUGAGCAAGACAG